AUGUGUGUGUGUGUGUGUGUGUGUGUGUGUGUGUGUGUGUGUGUGUGUGUGUGUGUGUGUGUGACGGCCCAACGCUUAAAUCCGGUCCUAAAUCCGGCCACCAAAUCCGGCCGGGGCCGGAUUCGGUCGGAUUUGAAAAAAAAGGUCGACCCCAACUUGACCGCCAGGGAGAUGGAGGGGGUGGAGCGCUACUACAACAAUCUCAGAACGAUGCUCUACCUCUCAGCUGUCAUAGGGUUGGGCCUGAUAGCCACUGGUUCGACCCUCUUGUUACUCGCUAUCAUCGUUAUGGCACUGAACGGCGAACUGUUUUGUUGCCUCUCAGACGAUUCUCAACUUUCAGAUGUUGAGUCCUGUGGCAACUGUGGCAACUCCAACGACGAAAAUAAACAAAACUUGCCGCUGUUGAAUGACAAACAACGAACGAACGCUCAGCAGAGGAAUGGCUGCCAUGUUGAUUAUGGUAGCUACGAUCAAAGAGUUAACAAACAACAUUCUGCCGACAACAAUUGCAACAACGACAACCGCAACCAUUACAGCAGCAACGAUGGCAACAGCAACAACCACAACAGCGGCAAGGACUACAACAGCAGCAAGGACUACAACAGCAACAACGGCAACCAUAACAUCAGCAACAACCGCAACCACAACAGCAGCAACGACAACGAAAAACAUUUGAACAUAAAUAUUGAUGACCCGUGUAAUAAAGUUGCUGAUAACAUCACUCAACUCAGCAGCAAUGACAUCAACAUCCACAACAUAAGCAACAUCAAAGACAACAAAAUUUCGGACAUUAACAAAACGUUUUGAAUUUUUGUAAAAAAAUUUCCCUUCAAAUGGCAUAGUUUUUCAAAAUUAAAAAUUUAAAUGCAGCCUCAAAUUUGGAAGUUUAAAUAAGACCGCUGUUUGUUAUUUAAUUAAUUAUUUCAUUGAUCCAGUCUUUCAUGUACCUGUACAUUAUUCACACAAAAUUUUCGAUUAUGUAAGCCUCAGUGUAAAUAUUUUUGUUCUUUUAUCUGUUGUCAUUUAUUGGCUUGUUAAAUUGUUUCUUUAAUAUUUCCCAGUUGUUCCGCCUCUUUUGAAAUUUGCAUUCCUCUCACUGUUGCACCUAACAUUCGUUUUCCCCAAAUAUUCUUUCAUUUCUAUUCUUGCACAUUAAUGGACAAUUAAUUAUUUAUUGAUUAUCUAUUUGCUUCAUGUUUUGCGAUUGGUUAACAUCAACCAUUUGAUUCGAUGAUUUCAUUUUCAUUAGAGCUGACUGGAUUGUGGCAAAUAAACUUCACUCGUCAGAUGUCACAAGCAGAUGUUUCAAAUUUGCAUUGCAAACUCUUCUUGAUUAUGUAUAAAAAUAUAUAUAUUUGUAAUUAAAACAUAUUUGGUUAACUAAAUUGAUUUUGUAACUAAUUCAAGAUCAUGAAUAACAUAUAAUUUUA